AUGAGGAAACUCAAAUACCAUCAGUACAUUCCCCCCGACCAGAGAGCCACGGCCGGGACUGCCGGGGGAGGRGCCAGUCAGAGGAGCYCCACCCCAGCCCAGCUCUUAGACCCCGCCUACUCCAGCCUCCUGCAGMAACAGCAGGUGUUCCUCCAGCUGCAGAUCCUCCAGAACCAACAGCAGAACCAGCAGCAACAGGACCAGCAGCAACAGCAGCAGCUCACCGUCACAUCCAGCGGAGACACCAACCAAAUGGUGAGGUUCUCUGGAGCCAUGCACCAGGACCCUCAGCCUGUAUCCAAGGCAACAAACCACACCUCUGUGGACACAAGUCCCUCCAACAAGUCUGAGCUYCUCCCACCUAACCUGGUCGACCUCACGGUGUCUGAGUUGCGACAGCAGCUGCGUAAGCGAGGUCUUCCUGUCUCCGGCACCAAGCCCGCCCUCCUCCAGAGGCUCCGCCCUUUCCAGCUGCCCCACCUGUGUUUGACCCCUGUGCCCCUCUGCCAGCUGGGUACCAGCCUGGAACCCCUUACCCCCACCUCCUUGCUCACCCCCAGCCACUACCCCAGCUCCAGCUCCAGCUCCAGCUCUGGAACUGAUUCCCCCACCAACAGCCCUAACCAUCAGGUCUACAUCCAGUCCACUGGAGUUCUGAGCGGGGUUCCAAACGGAAUUGUUAAUGGCAUUCUGAAUGGUAAUACUAAUGGUAAUACUAAUGGAAUAGGGGUCAGUGUGGUGGGGGAGCAGUGUAGCUUCCUGGCCCCUGUGUUAACCCCAUCAUCGACACCCAGCCCCGGUCUCCCCCCAYGCUCCUCUUCGCCACUGUCGACUGGCRCCUCCUGGCGGUCGGAACAGGAGCAGCAGGAGCUGAGCCUGGAGCURGAGAUGAGGGAGAGGAUGAGGAGCAGGCCCAGGGAGAGGCUAUCUCCUCCUCUGUCUCUAUCCUGUGGGGGUUCCCUCCAUCCCUUCCUGCAACAGGAUCCCAAGAUGGCCCAGAGAGACACCAGAGAGGGAAGGACAGACAGAGAUCCUGUUCACACAGUUCUGCUGCAGCCGUGGGAUGUGAUUGGCCAGGACUUUGAGCUGCCCAUGCAAUCACAGCCAGUCCCAUUCAAGCCCCACCCAGCGUCCGAGUCUGGAGGAGGAGCUGCAGAGGCCAUUAACAGGAGUACUGGUGACCCUGUCAAGUAA